GCUUCCGGUAUAUAGCAGACGAAUUUCCUGGAACGUCGCCGCAGAGCUAUGCAAGAAGAAGACAAUAAUGUUGACAAAGAGGACCAGGUUGAUGACAGAUUUAAUUUAAGUAGAAAGAUAUUUGUUGGAAACAUAAGUUACAGGGUAACACAAAAGAGAUUGACAAAGUUUUUCUCCAAAUUUGGUAAAGUGGAUUAUUGUUACAUGGUUAAAGACCAUAUACGGAAACGACCUAAAGGAAUAGCAUUUGUAACAUUUAGUUCUACAAAAGAUCUUAAGAUUGCAUUGAAUGCCUCAGAAGAGCAGUUAACUUUGGAUGGAAGGUUGAUGAGAGUGUUGUGUGCUGAAGAGUCCAGCAGAGUAAAACACAGGGAAGGAACUGUCUGGGAUAGUCCAAGUCUAGCGGAAAAUGUUGAAAAAUUGGCCGUCAGUGAUGAUUUUGCAGAUCACAAUGACAAUAAAGAAACAUCAGAAUGUCUCUCUGAAUGUCAUAUAAAUAAACUUUGUGAUGACACUCUGAUAUUGAUCAUGUCUAUGUUACCAUGGAGACAAAGAAUGUGUUUAGAAAGAGUAUGUAAAAGGUGGCUGAUUUUAGCACAGAGGUCCUGGCAUAAACAAGGCUCCAUACAUUUUCAGUCUGUGUUCAAAAGAUUUGACGGUUUAACAGAUACCAAGCUGUGUUCAGUCCUUGUAAGAUGUGGAGUAUAUUUAAGAACACUGGAUAUGUCAGCAUCACCAAGACUUCUCACAGACAUGUCCAUGGACAUUAUAGCUGAACAUUGUCCUAAUCUGGAGGUCGUAGAUUUAUCUGGUAUGGCUGUUACUGAUAUAUCCCUAAGAUCACUGGCACACAAGUGUAUAAAGUUAAAGUCUGUUUGCCUACAGAGAUGUUUUCAUGUCAGUGAUAAAGGUCUACAGUGGUUGUUUGAAAAUUGUAAGCAGAUAGAAAAUGUCAAUUUGCAAGGCAACAAUAAUAUCUCUGGUAAUUGUUUUCAGAAGAUUGGUGAUGAAUGUAAAGUGUUAAACCUAGCAGACUGCAGCAAGUUGACAGACACUGGAGUUAUGAAAAUAUGUCGCCAUUGUAAACAGCUGAGAGAAUUGUCAAUCAGUAAUUGUCAAUUACUCACCAAUAAAAGUUUGGAGAAAAUUUCUGAGAGUUUGACAAAUAUAGCCACCAUCUACAUAGAAAAGACAUUUGCCAAUGUAUCAAAGGAUGGACUGAUGAAGAUUGCCAAACUUUCUAAAUUGAGAGAUGUACACAUGUCACAGAAUUUAACAGUCAAUGAUGACUUACUAUCAGCCAUAGCCAUCGGAUGUCCAUUUCUAGAAACAUUGGAUAUCAGCUGUUGUCAUAGAGAUGUAACUGGAGUAGGCAUGAAGGCUUUGGGGUUCUGUUCUAAUCUUACAUCAUUAGACAUUAGUUAUCUUUACAAGGUAGAUGAUGAAAGUAUACAAGUUUUAUCUAGAAAUGGUAGACUGAAAUCUCUGACUGCCCGUGCCUGUUCUGGGCUGACAGACAGUGCAUUUGAAGAUCUUGCAUGCCUUUGUCCUAACUUGGAGUCCUUGGAUGUUAGUGGGUGUCUGGACAUAACUAAUCAUACAGUCACUUCUUUUCUCCAGUCACCAGUUUCUGAUCAGGAGAGGAAAUUAAUGCUUUGUAUUGGAGGUACAAGUGUUGUAGAAGAGGAUCUUGAUUUGAAUCAUUCAUAUAUAACAUUCUGUGUUCAUGACUUAUCUCAGAACUACCUCAGAGCUGAUACAGGAAUUAUUCUUCCUGAUCCAGAGCCAGAUACAGACUCAGAAGAUGAUGACAACAGUGAAACUAAACCAGUAUCUGUAUCAGUGGUUGCUGCUGGUGCUGAAAUGGGCAAUGAUAUGGACAAUGGAUGGGAGGAGUCAGAAUAUAACAUGUACUAUAAUGAUGAUGAUCUUCUGUAUGGAGAUGAUCCCUUAGAAAUGGAACGGUUUGAGUUUUCAUGAAUGGAGAUGAAAUGGUUCGAGAUUUCAUGAAUGGAGUUUGUGGCCAAAAAACACAAAUGGAAUAAUUGCAUCCAGACAAGAUGCUAGAAUGGACUCCAAAAGAUUAAGUGAAAAUUGAAGACAGUAUAUUUCUUAAAUCAAAAUUUAAUGCAGUUUCUGUAGAUAUUUCAUCUGUAAUUGAAAUUUGAAAUCAAUUUAUGUAAGACAGUAUGUAGAAACCAGUGAGUUCGACAGAUAGUAAAAUCAUGUAUGUACCAUAUAGUCACAACUACUGGUGAAGAAUUCAGAGCUAUUUAAAAUAUUAUCAAAAUGACUGCAGCACUGGUUAAAAUUCCACAACAGGGAAACUGUGUCAUCAUCAAUACAUAAUCAUUAAACCUUGAAAAUGA